AUGGAGGAAUUACCCGCGCCAUCGCCUGCUGCGUCGACAGCGCCGACUCAGGUUAAUGUAGAGUUUUUGAGCGAUGACGCUUUGGUGCCGUCCCCCAAGGUGCUGAUCGGCACUACCGACGAAGGUGGCCGUGCUCCUCGCAACCGCGAAAGCCGGCGCAUUCAAUUCCUCGACGACGGUAAGCUCUUCGAGGGCCACUUCACCGUCCAGUCGCGCAAUCUCAAGAGCAUUAUCCAGUACCUGGUGGACCGGCAAAGCGAGCAGGAUGUCAUCAUCCACGAUUUGCAGAAGCAAGUGCACGUGCUGCGCAGUCGCCACCUGAAAGCCAAGCAGCGGGCGGGAGGGGAUGGCGAAAUGUGGCUGCGGGCUGCAGCCGCCUCCGGAAAGUCCGCCUCUGGGCGUGGUGUGGAGGACCGUGUGAAGCGCAUCGAGCAGUUCCUGCAGCUGUGGGGCGUGCGCCUCGGGGAUGUCGCGAAGCUUGUCGAGGAGUACGGCGAUCCUGUUAUCACCCCCGACGCGUACACCUCGUACUUAGUGGAUCUGCCAGCGUUUCGCUUCACUCGUCGCGAGACGCGUGCUUUCGUGAUCAGUGCCAGCGAGCAGUCCAGCAUUAGCGCCGCGGCAGCCGCAGCCAGUGACACGGCGACGCGUCGGCGCCACAACAGCCCGUCAACGCGGGAAACGGGCUCGGCUGGCUCUUCCUCCGAUACUGAAAGGAAGUGCGACGACGGCGCUACGGAAACAGCACUCGAGAAGGCAACUACCGCCCUCAAGAAGGCGGAGAUGCUCUUGGAAGAGCUACGCAGCAUUCCGGCGCGGCCACCGCCGUCAUCCUCCAAGGCCCGCCGAGCCGAGACUUCGGCACCGAAUCCGGACAAGGGCGGCUCUGGCGGUAGCGGCGGCGCAAUAGACCACGAGGCCCGCGCAGACAUCGAGGAACUUGGCGACUACGUGAUACGCCGCUUCCAGGAGCUAGAGGCGAAGUCGAUGAUGACGUCAGCAACGGUGGCCAGGGCCGCUGCUGCGCCGCGAGCAGAGAAGGGCGGUGGCAGCAGUGUGGGCGGUGGCGGGGCCGCUGCUGCAAAGGCUGCCACAGCGCGUCCGAAGCAAGUGCCAACGAAAAAGCCGGUCGCGAACACCGCCUUGCCCACGCCUGCGCUGGAGCCUCCUCCGUUGCCGCACAUGGUUCCUGGUGAAGUGAUCGACACCAUUGCCCGCGAGGACGCUGCGACGUCCCUUGACCUGCUAGAGGAGCUGGAGGUGACAAUGGAGCGUCGGUUCAAGGAGGUGAACAGCGCCCUUGCGAACAUUGCGCUGCGCACUGCCUCCAUGGCAAAGAACAGCAGCAGUAGUGCCCCUUCUGUGGCAGAGCCCGAAAAGCAGCAGCAGCAGCGGUCCGGCUCCUCGUCGUCAAGGAACCCGUCGAGCAGGGCACGGUCGCCGUUCUCAGGCAAGCGGGGCGACAGUAACGCUGAGCCGAAACCAGUGGUGGAGGAUAUCGAGGCGGAGGUGGAGGAGGCCUGUGUGUCGGCGUCCGCGUCUCAUGCGCCAUCCUCAACAUCCAAAGUGCUUCGCCCACCCAAAGGCAAAGCAAAGCAGACGGCUAGCAACCCUGCUGAACCUCUCAUCCCAAGCGUUGGGGUCGAUCAGGUGGCCAGGGAGGAGACGGCGGCCCUCUCAGACCGGGUCGGCGACCUCGAAGAGGAGCUGCUGGAGCGGUGGCAGGCGAUGGAAGAGCGGCUACGCAUCAUAGGCAGAGCCGCUAUGAAGCAGAGCGCGUCCAACGUCGCUGCAGGGCCGGGCGGCACAGCUGUCACGGCGGUGAACCGCGCCCCUGUUGUGGACCGCAAAGCCCGUGAGGACGCUGCCCUUUCCCUCAUGCGGCUACAGCAGCUGGAGAAGGAGCUGGCGCAGCUGAAGCGGCAGUGGGCCUCCGCAGAUGCCUCCGCCAGGUCUGCCUUUGGCAAUGCCGACCCGCCUGCAGGCGCAAACGAAACGAUACUCACCACGCCGGCCGUAUCUAUGGAACCGAGCGCGCCGCUGCGGGACACGUAUGACAGCAAAGUUGCGGACCUGGAGAAGGAGGUGGCGCAGCGGAUGGCGGAUGUAAAUGAGGCCAUUGCGCAGCUAAGAGGCGGGGCCAUGCGUGCCACCCCCGGCCGUGACGCCGCUGUCUCGGCGGCGCGAGUCACGAAUGGCACUGGUCGAGGGGACGCGCUCUCCGAUCUCAACACGCUGGCGUGGAUCGCCUCCUUGGCACCGCCAGCGGAGAGCCUCGCAAUUCUGCCAGAUCAGCCGCAAGUGCAUCAAUCAGAGGUCACUUCAACCUCUCCUUUACCGGCUCAAAACCAUCUGACCUUACGUGCGAUCGACGCCGAUGCGCUUCCCGGUGUAGCGGCAGAGGGCCGCUUGCCAGAGGUGGACACGUCGCGGCGUGCUGAGACGUAUCAGUCGGUGCUGGCACUCGGCUACAGCAGAAACACUGACGUGGACCUCUUCACCGCCUACCCUAUGGGCAGCAGCUCCUCUGGGGCGAAGCGCACAGCUAUCAGCCGCCUACGCCCUCCCGACGCGCCAACGUUUGGCACCCAUCUUGUAGAGCGUGCUAUGGUUGACUUGCCGGCAGACACCGCGAUAGCCGCUGCCGGGGAGGCGGCCAAUGUGGCGGGAAAACGCACUUCUGUGCAGAGUAGCGCCGCCGCUGCCGCGCCUCUUGUUGCCGAUGGGCAGCGUGAAGCAGCCGUCGCAGCUAAAUCAUAUCUGGAAAACCGAACUUUCUCCGUCUCUCCACCACCCGGGGCUCCCAAGGGCGGCAUUACGCGUGUGCGCAUGUCGGAGGUGAGGGGCGUGUCGCCAGCAGCGCCGAGCGUACCACAUCAGCACCUCCGCGAGGCUCUUGUACACACCGAACCGUGCCUGGUCGUCAACUGUGCGUGGUGCGACACCGAGAAGGCAGCGGAGCCGACCCUCACGUAG